AUUCAUUUUUAAUUUUUUAACAUUUACAAUAAAUAACAAUUAUUACAUAUAUUAAUUAGAAAAUAUAUUUGAGCAAAGAAAGUUGAUCAAAUCAAACAUCAAAGAACAACCUCAAAUCAGCACAAGUGGCCACCAGAUGAAGGAUCAAGUUUGGAUUUUUAUUCCCCGCACGGAGUAAGCAAACACAUGCAGGAGGCAAAUAUGGAGAUCUUAUGAAAUGCAACUUCGGUAAGUUUUAAAUCUGUUUAAACACAUAAAUAUAGUCUAGAAUUUGAGGACUCAGUGGUUGGAAAAAACGUUAUUUUUUUGUGCUUCUACAGGGUCUGCAAAGUUGUAACGUUAAUUAUCUCACUGUGGCACGUGAGAUGGAGUCACUAUUUUAUCAUUUGUUACAGUUGUCUUUUUUUGUUGUUUUUUUUGUCCAAAGUUUAUUGAAGAGGGUAAAAUUUUAAAAUUAAAUGUUAAAGGGAGCUUGUUGAAGCUUUGGAAUAAAUGUACAAUACAUGAUGAAUAUUGCAGUGAGAAUUUUUAGAUGCAAUGUAGACAAAAAAUAUAGAUAUAAAAUAUAGACAAAACGUAUUUUUUUUAAAUAACACCUUUAAUUCAUUUUCGGGAAAACAUCUGUACAUAAGUGUAAUAUUGUAAAAUAAUUUAGCUUUAAAUUAAAAUUGGAAGCCUUUGUAAUCUAAAAUGCCUGUUUUCCUGUAAACUGGAAGUUAACAGUUUACAAUAAAGCUGUUAACUUUUCUGUAAGUAAACGUGUAAGUUAACGGUUCUGUAAAUUCACUUUGGCAGUGAAGGAGACACUAACGGUUGGAGCUCUUAACGGAAGUUGAUAUUCGAGUGGAAGCGCCAGUCCUCCGGAGAUGUCGGAAAGUCGGUCUGACACGCUCUCAUUUGACAAUCAAGAAAUGGCGAGAGUUCUUGUAACAACAUUCAAAAAUGAAAAAGAGACUUCGAAAAACAUUUUCAGUGUUUCAACUGCCAGCAAUCUUGUUGAGGAGAUUCUUGCCAACCAUUCUGGAUUUUUGCUGGACAGGCUACAGAAAUUUAAUUCUGACUUCUUGGAGUACAUUGAUGUUGACAUUAAUGUUGAAAUUAAGGACUUGGACAGAUUCUACGUGUUUCUAUCAACUGGAGGGCCCCUGGUAGAAGUGUCUCGUGAGGAGCAAAUUCCAAACCAGCCCCAUGCUAAUUCAGGAGAAGACGGUCAGACCCAUACAGGAGAAGACAGUGAGCCUCUAAAAUCGCUCCCAAUGAAAAAAGCACCACAAAUCUUUGAGGAGUAUGAAAACACAGGCUUCCUGUCAGGGAAGUCAAGAAAAUGUAUAGUGAAAAUGUGCGUGGGAGACCUAGUUCAGAGGUGUGGUUAUUAUCCUCUUAGUGGAGACAAGUUAGCCUUAGCGAAGAGCAUCAUUACCAUCUUCCCAUCUCUGAGUAUCCAGGUGGCUGGAGAAGGGGAGGGAUUUGAGCAUUUCUAUGAUCCAGCAUCCCACAGUGGAUUCAUUGAGAUAAAAUUGCGUAACCUUCGGCGGAAUCUACAACAACAUGAAAGACGCUACAGAAAGCGAAAAGUAACCAGUUACCCGGAGGAUGCACAAACAUCCAGUGCAACCGAGACCGAAAAUGAUAAUACCAUCAAUGAAUGGGUAACCUUGAUCAAGAGAUUGCGGCCCUCUUCGGAAAACCUUUCAGUAAUAAAGUCUGGGAUGGAAAAAACAUUCACACAGCGCAGAGCAUGGAUUACAAGGGAAUCGCCCACACUUGCAGAAAUAUUGCGUGAAUAUCCACGAUUUAUGGACAUGCCGAGUCUGCUGGACUCAGAGUUUGGAAGGUUGACAGGUGAAAAGACAGACCUUUUCCUUCGUAGAUGGGAGACCAACAUCAUGCCAAAACUUAGAGUUGUGGCUGCCAUGGAACCUGGACUCAGCACUCUUUUGAGAGGAUUUGAAAACAUGACUGAAGAGGAGGCUUGUUACAGAACACUCGUGGUACUAACACACCUUCUGCCCCCUGUUAGUGGAAGACAAUGUAGCGUCAAGGAUACAAUAACACACCUUCUAGAUUUUGUGCCGACUGGAACAAGAAUAGCAUCCCUCUGCAAUGAUUCUGCUACUUCAUCAACAAACCAUCAGCCCCAGCUCAUCUGCAUCAGUAAUCUGCGGUCGUCAAAGCAGUAUGUCAUCGUUGCAAAAAAUGACAAAGUCACCAUCCCCCUGGACGAUGGACUCACAUGUGCUGUGGACAAGCUUUUUAAGCUGUACUGGGUGUUUAACUUGUGUUAUCCAUCCCAACUCGGACCUGUCUUUACAUUUUUUGAGUACAUCUAUGAUCUUCCAUUCUCCACACAAAGAAAAACAAGGGUGAUUGAAUUGAUUGCACAACUUAAAGCUUGUAAAUGAAAUGUAUUGUUGUCCAAAAUGUAGACAAACUGGUUUCAAAGAGGUGAAAAAUCUCCUAUGGCACCUCCGUGAAAUACACUGCUUAUCAGAUGGACAGAAUAUAAAAAUUAGAUGUGCUCAGGAAAAUUGUCCAAGAACAUAUUAUAACUUGAAUUCAUUUACUAGGCAUCUACACAGAGUACAUUUUAAGAUGGGUACAAAAGAUAUGCCUGUUGUGCAAUCCUUGUUCCCAAGCGAGGGUUCAAACAGUGGAGAACAAACUCAUACUGAUAAUUUGGAUACACCCAAUAUUAUGGUUGCAGCUCCACAAUCAGAAAAUUACAUUGAGCUCAGUAAUUGUGCAGCAUCUUUUGUUUCCCAGAUGUAUUCAUCUUCAAAUGUAACUUUUUCUGAUGUCAUGAAAAAUGUGAACUGUGCAAAGGAGCUAAUUACUAGAACUGUAGACAGGUUGCAGCAAUCAACUACAACUUUGUUGAAUAGUUUGCAAGUACCUGGUGACAGUAAUACUUUGAUGAAAGAGUUUGAAGAUGCCAAGCACAUAUUUGAUGAUCUUGACACACAAUAUAAAAUAAAAAAAUGUUUUGCGAAGUUUUCACUUGUCAAACCAAAGGAAAUAUUUUUAGGUCACAGAUCUGAUACAGCAAGAAAAAAUGGUCAAAUAAACCAAGUUUUAGUCGCAGACACAUUCCAGUAUCCAAGGAUAAUGGCUCGUUUUGGACCUCUGUCUAAACUUUGGUGCAUGUGAUUUGAAGCAAAGCAUAAUCCAUUCAAAAGACUUGCACAUGUUAUGUGCAACUUUAAAAACGUUUCAAAGACAUUGGCUUUCAAACACCAGGUACAACAAAUGUAUCACUAUAAACAUUGCUCUCUCAUCUCUAAGAAAGUCAGUGUGACCAAUGCCUAUCUUGUCAUUCUGGGGUCACUGGACAAAUCUGAGCUCUUGUAAAAUCAGUUAAUGUUAGCUCUAUAAACUGACAUGUCUUUAGCCACGAAAAUAUAUCUGUCUCACAGUCUUAAUGUGUAUAGUCAAAUCUACAUAACUGGCUCCAUUUUGUCAUUGAGAGCAGAUUACCGAAAAGAACCUGUAUUUGGUGAAGUUGUUCAUUUUCUGGCACAUAAUGACUCCAUUCUUAUCUUUGUUCAAAUACUAAAUGUAAUAUACUUUGAUGAUCAUUUUUAUGCAUAUGUAGUACAAAAAACUAGUGAUUAUGAAUUGAUCACGCUUGCAGAUAUUUGUGAUUUCCAUCCUUUAGAUGUUAUGACGAGUUUUGGUAACAGAAAGCUGUAUGUGGCACCAAGAUACAAAAUAUUGUAUUUUGAUCCAUGAUUGUUCGGUAUUGAAAAUGGAAGUUUAAAUUUGAGUGGGAUUGAAAAUCUCACGAAUGUUGAAAGGGGCAGGAAUUUAUUUUCAUUUCUUUUUCAUGAUGUUUGUCAUUAUUUUCAUCCAUGUUCUCUUUUGCACAUGUUAUUGUAUUUAAAAGUGCUAUUUUGUUAGCUUGGUGAUUUCAAUUUCUUUUUUAAUAUUUGAACUAUAAAUUGUAGCUGUGUCAACUUUGCUAUUUGCAUGAUUGUAAUAAAAAAAACUCUAAUAUC